AUGAAUAAGAUCAAUCCAAAGUUUUUGGCAGACCACUGCAAUGUAGAUAAGGAUUCCAUAGACUUCAUGGAGCACAAAGAAACAGUGCGCAAAGGCGACAAUGAGCACUACAAAAAUAUGGUGAGCUACAUCCGCGCACAUGAUAUGGCUGAUGCUCAACACUAUGCAUGGGUGAAGAAAAAAAUGGAUAUCGCCAAUUUUAUCGACUUCCAGGUGGCGCAAAUAUACUGCGACAACACCGACGCAGGAGGCAAUAUACGCUAUUGGCGCCCAAAGCGCCCGGGUGGCAAAUGGAGAUGGAUAUUGUAUGACACCGAUUGGGGCUUUGGCUUGCACAACAAAAAGGCUUAUAGUCGCAAUUCGUUGGCGUUCUUCACCGACCCCAAUGGUCCUGAGUGGCCCAAUCCGGAGUGGAGCACGUUGUUGUUGCGCAGUUUGCUGAACAACAAAGAGUUUCAAGAGCAGUUUAUCAAUAGGAUGUGCGACCGACUGAACACCGAUUUUGCGACCGAACAUGUAAAAAUGUAUAUCAAGCACUUCACCAAUGUACUGACACCUGAGAUGGACCGCCACUUGACUCGCUGGAAACUUGGCGCAGACGAAUGGUCGCAAUCGAUAGAUAAUAUGUAUGUAUUUGCGGAAAAGCGUCCGGAGUACCUGUAUUAUUUUAUGCACGAGCAAUUCAAAACGGGCGAAUUGGCAGAUUUGCAGCUGGAAAGUUCGGUAGGUGGUAGUAUCCGCCUGAAUGGCAGCAACAUAGAAGUAGAUGCCGGCAAAGCAUUUCGAGGUAAAUACUUUGAAAAUGUGCCUGUGCAAUUGGAGGCAGUGCCCGAAUUUGGCUACAAGUUUGUUGGCUGGGAAGGCACCACUGUAAAAGAAAGGCAUGUAGCAGUCAACUUAAAAAGUGGUAAAGUGCUCCAAUUGAAGGCAAUAUUUGAGACUUACAACCACCCACUGCUAGAGCAAGUAAUCAUCAAUGAAGUGUGCGCCUACAAUAAGCACACAGGCGAUUGGCUCGAAAUACACAACAAAUCCGGUGAAGCGAUUGACCUCAGCGGCUGGAACCUAAAGGACGAUAAGCACAUUUUCACCUUCGAAAAAGGUAUAGUGCCCGCAGACGGCUAUCUGGUAGUUUGCGAAGAUAUGGAAGCUUUCACUAAGGCAUAUCCGGAGGUAAAAAAUGUGGUAGAUGGGCUCAACUUCGGUUUGGACAAGUCUAUGGAGCAACUUUCGCUAUUCACCUAUGACGGCGCUGCGGUAGAUAGCAUAUCGUAUGCCGUAGAGCCUUUGGCAUCGGAAUCGGUGGUAGUUGUGAAAAUCCUAAAGCCCGAAACCAACCACAUCAUUGCCCAAGAAGAAGCACGCAUUUUGGGCAACGAUACCCUUCAAAUCAUCCAUCAAUACAAGCUCAAAAGUAUUGUAGUACGUAGUAUUGCCGAAACAAACCGCGCUUACCAGGUAGUAGAAGGCAUGGCACUUGGCAGCUACCAAUUUCUCAAGUAUUUCUCCAAGCCUACCGCCAAAGAAAAUACGCUCAGAACCAUAAAAGUAGAGUCCUCCACACUCGAUGCCCCUACAGUGCAAGAAUUGAGCACGCUAGUAGAGGCAGUUUUCUUAUCGCGCACUUUGGUAAACGAGCCUUUUUCAUUCCUCGACACACCGCAGUUGAGCAAAGAAAUAGAAAAAAUGGCAAACGAUGCCGGUUUCGACUUCGAAUUUCUCAAUAAAGAAAAAAUACAAGCCCUCAAAAUGGGCGGUAUCCUAGCCGUCAACCAAGCGAGCAAUAUACCUCCUCAUUUCAAUAUCUUAGAGUGGAAACCCGCCAAUGCAACCAACGAAAAACCCAUCGUAUUGGUCGGCAAAGGUGUCGUAUAUGACACCGGCGGACUUAGCCUCAAGCCCAGCGAAGGCAUGGAAUACAUGAAGUGCGAUAUGGGAGGCGCUGCUACUGUAGCCGGCACGCUUUAUGUUGCCGCCAAAAACAAGCUACCACUACACAUCAUCGGACUGAUACCAGCCACCGACAAUAAAAUAGGCACCAACGCCAUAGCACCGGGCGACGUGAUACGCAUGUACUCAGGCACCACCGUAGAAGUACUCAAUACCGAUGCCGAAGGGCGACUCAUACUCGCCGACGCACUCCAUUACGCCAAGAAAUACAACCCAAUGCUGGUCAUCGACUUCGCCACGCUCACAGGCGCGGCCGUACGAGCACUAGGCACCUAUGGCAGCCUUUACUUCAGCACCGCCGCCGAAAAAAUAAAAUCGAAUAUCGAAAAAUCCGGCAUGGAAACCUACGAACGACUAGCUGAACUACCGCUUUGGCGCGAAUAUGACGACGACCUCAAAAGCAACGUGGCCGACCUCAAAAACCUCGGAGGAGUAGCCGCAGGUAUAACUUGCGGCGACAUCAAUGGUGUAGGACCGGAAGUCAUCAUAAAAACGCUUCUCUCCAAACCACAACCCGGAGGCAAAAACUGCGUGUAUGUAGUCUACGGCAACCCAAAAAUGAUUGCCUACCACAAAAACUUUAUCACACAGGAAAAUAUCAAUAUCAACACCAUCACAAGCCCCGAACAGGCACAGCCCAACGCCAUCAACGUCAUCAAUUGCUGGGACGAUGCCAUCACCUUUACCAUCGGUGAAGCCACCCAAAUCGCCGGCAAAUGCGCCACCGCCGCACUCGAUGCCGCCACGAAAGACAUCAAAGCCGGCAAACUCACAGCCAUCGUCACCGCUCCCAUCAACAAGAAAUCUAUGCAGAUGAGCGGCUUCACUUUUCCAGGGCACACCGAGUACUUCGCACAUCAUUUCGGCGUAAAAGACAACCUUAUGAUGCUCGUCAGCGAAGACCUCAAAGUAGGGCUCGUCACCAAUCACCUCGCCCUCAAAGAUGUCUCCGCAGCCAUCACCAAGGAAAAAAUACUCCAUAAGAUACAAAUGAUGAACAAAACGCUCAAAAUGGACUUCAACAUUGACCGUCCGUUGAUAGCAGUUUUGGGACUCAAUCCACACGCCGGCGACCAAGGCGCCAUCGGGCAAGAAGAAACCAAUAUCAUCAUCCCAGCACUCAAAGCCGCCAAAAAUGAAGGCAUUCUAGCAUACGGACCCUUCCCUGCCGACGGAUUCUUUGGCUCCUCGCAAUUCCGCAAGUUCGAUGGUAUCAUUGCCAUGUACCACGACCAAGGUCUUGGACCCUUCAAAGCCAUUUCCUUUGGUGCAGGCGUUAACUACACCGCAGGUAUGCCCAUCGUGCGCACUUCGCCCGACCACGGCACUGCCUACGACAUAGCCGGUAAAGGCGAAGCCGACGAACGCAGCCUCAUGCGAGCCAUCUUUGCCGCUAUUGACAUCGCCAACAAUCGCUUCGAAUACAACGACAUGCGCGAAGAACCCAUCAAGCGCACCAAGCUCAAGAUACUCGACGACGAGACCGGUAAAGAUGAAUACAUCGAAGAAAUGAUACCGGAG